CAUAAAAAUAUCUAAUCACACAACACAACAGAAGAAACACCAUAGGUAGAGAAUCUCACAACAAAUAACAUGUACUGUUGAUAAGUACUACUUAGCUUCUCUUCAUCAUCUAAUUACAUAGAAAGAAAAAACAAUACAAAUAUAUCCACCAAAUGAAGUAAAAGCCACUAAGCUUUUUCCUAUUACACCUUCAAAUUUUUCACUAUCUUUUUUCCUCACUAUUUUUUUUUCCACAAAUUAAUAUGACUCCUGAAGAUUCCUUAAGAACCCUCUCUUUAGAUUAUCUAAAUCUCCUCAUCAAUGGUCAAGCUUUUAGUGAUGUUACUUUUAGCGUUGAAGGCCGUUUAGUACAUGCUCAUAGAUGCAUCUUAGCUGCAAGGAGCCUCUUCUUUCGCAAAUUCUUUUGCGGGCCGGAGUCGUCUUCUAUUUCCGGCCCGCGGUUGGGCUCGUUCGGCGCUGGCGGGCUAGCCUCGUUGUCGAGGGGUCCAACAACAAGUUGUUCACAGGUGAUACCUGUGAACACGGUAGGGUAUGAGGUGUUUUUCUUGAUGUUGCAAUUUUUGUAUAGUGGACAAGUUUCAAUUGUGCCACAAAAACUUGAACCAAGGCCUAAUUGUGGUGAAAGAAGCUGUUGGCAUACACAUUGCACUGCAGCCGUUGAUCUUGCACUUGAUACACUUACAGCCGCUAGAUCUUUUGGUGUUGAACAACUUGCUUUGCUCACUCAGAAGCAUUUGGUAAGCAUGGUGGAGAAGGCAUCAAUUGAGGAUGUGAUGAAAGUUUUAAUAGCUUCAAGAAAACAAGACAUGCAUCAACUUUGGACUACUUGUUCCCAUUUGGUUGCAAAAUCAGGCCUUCCACCAGAAAUCCUAGCGAAACACCUCCCUAUUGAUGUUGUAGCCAAAAUUGAAGAUCUCCGUCUCAAAUCCUCCAUAUCACGGAGAUCUUUAAUCCCUCAUCAUCAUCACCACCACCAGCAUCAGAUGUCCUCGAACAUUGAGCUCGAGGAGCAGAAGAUCCGACGAAUGAGACGAGCGCUAGACUCGUCGGACGUUGAACUUGUCAAACUUAUGGUAAUGGGAGAAGGCCUAAAUCUUGAUGAAUCGCUCGCCUUACAUUAUGCCGUUGAAAAUUGCAGCCGCGAAGUUGUGAAAGCCUUACUCGAGCUCGGCGCAGCUGAUGUUAAUUAUCAGGCCGGGCCGAGCGGUAAAAGCCCGUUACAUUUAGCGGCCGAAAUGGUCUCACCCGACAUGGUUGCGGUUUUACUAGAUCAUCAUGCUGACCCGAAUGUUCAAACAGUGGAUGGGACCACUCCUCUCGAUAUUCUCCGAACCCUAACUUCGGAUUUUUUAUUCAAAGGUGCUAUCCCGGGUCUAACUCAUAUCGAACCGAAUAAGUUAAGACUUUGCCUCGAGCUCGUUCAAUCCGCCGCGAUGGUAAUUUCCCGAGAGGAAGGGGAAGCGCAUAAUAAUCCGUCUUCGGAGAACAUGUAUACACAUGUUCGCGAAGAUCAUAGUUCGAGUACGAGCAGUGGAAACAACUUAAAUUUGGAUUCAAGAAUGGUGUAUUUAAAUCUUGGUGCAAAUGUAGCUCAUCAUCAAAUGGCAUGCAAAAUGAAUACUAAUGAAGGUGAUCAUGAUUGCAGAAGUAGCCACAGUAAUCAGAAUCCAUCAACAAUGUACCACCAUCAUCAUUCUCAUGAGUAUUAAUUUAUUAAUUAUUUAGCCAUUUUUAUGUUUCAAAAAAUACUUUUUUUUUGUUUUGUGUUUCUAUCUCUUUUUGAUGAACUCUUCUACUUUACAGAGAGAUAAGUUGUCUAUAAUUUCAUGGAUUUUAGAAACACAAAAAGCAAAAAGGUUGAUUACCAAGAAAUUAAUUAAUUAA